UUCCUCCCUCAGCUGUCGCUCGUCAAAAAAUUUCAAUCGGAGCUUCGACCUUCUUAACUCCCGGCGGCGAAAAUGGUGUUCAAGAGGUACGUUGAGAUCGGGCGUGUCGCACUUGUGAACUACGGUCCAGAUCAUGGGAAGCUCGUUGUUAUCGUCGACGUCGUUGACCAGAACAGAGCUUUGGUGGACGCCCCUGAUAUGGAGAGGAUCCAGAUGAAUUUCAAGAGGUUGUCUCUUACAGAUAUUGUGAUUGAGAUCAACCGAGUGCCAAAGAAGAAGGCUUUAAUUGAGGCUAUGGAGAAAGCUGAUGUGAUGAACAAGUGGGAGAAGAGCUCAUGGGGUAGAAAGCUUAUCGUUCAGAAGCGUAGGGCUAACCUCAACGAUUUUGAUAGGUUCAAGAUCAUGUUGGCCAAAAUCAAGAAAGCUGGCGUUGUCAGGCAAGAGCUUGCUAAACUCAAGAAGGAGAUCACUGCUUGAUUCAAUAUAUUAUCUGCAAAUCUGUUUUGUCCGAUUUUGGAUUUGAGUGUUCUUUUGAAAGUCUCGACAUCAUUAUGUGCUUUAUUAUCCCAUGUUUUAGAACCUUGUUUGAAAUAUUUAGUUCUUGUUAUUUUAUCUUUAAGAUGACCAGUUUUUCUUAUUACGCCU